AGCUGACACAAGUCCCAAGCCCCUCCAGUGGCCAGUCUCGCUCUCUUCUUGUUAGUGUGCAGUUCAUCCUUGUCGGGAAUCCUCUGCAGAAAUGUCAGCUGCUCCUCUUAGCCCAUCCUUGAAGGAUCUGCCAAAAGUAGCUGUAGAUCUCAAGUCACAGUUAGAAGGUUUUAAUCAUGACAACAUGAAAAGAGCAUCUACAACUGAGAAGAAUGUUUUACCAACUGCUGAAGAUGUUCAACAGGAGAAACAACAUAUUGAAUUGAUUCACGGGGUUGAAACUUUUAAGCAGGACAGAUUGAAACGUACCAAUACAACCGAGAAAAUCAUCUUGCCAAAUGCUCAAGAUGUAGCUACGGAAAAAACACAAAAGGCUUUACUUGAAGGUGUCGAAGGAUUUGAUACAGGCAAACUAAAGCACACUGAAACACAUGAAAAGAAUCCUCUUCCUGAUAAGGAUGCUGUGAUGCAGGAAAAAGUUCAUCAAAAUCUUAUAUCUGGCGUGGAAGGAUUUGAUAAAGCUCGCAUGAAACAUACCACCACUCAAGAGAAGAAUGUCUUACCUGACCCUGAAGCGAUUGAAGCUGAAAAGGGACAGCAAAAGUUAAUUGAGGGUAUCGAGAAUUUUGAUCCUAAGAAACUUAAGCACACUGAAACUCAAGAGAAGAACCCCCUUCCAACUAAAGAAGCUAUAGAUCAAGAAAAGAGUGCAUGAACAUGAAUCUAUCAAAGUAUGUGCUGGGAUCAACGUUUUUAUAUAUUAUCUUUUGUAAUUAAAUUAAUUUUAUACAUAAACAUUAUUAUUACGUAACAUUGAUAUGAACAUAUAUUUUACCCUAAGAUCUUGGAUGCAUCUAGGGUUUUGGUUAUUGCAAAUCCACAUGUUUAAUUUCAAGUGUUGCGUUUCUUGUUAUUUAAUUUCAAAUUCAAAUAAUGUUUUCUUUCCUGGCAUUAUAGAUUAUAUAAUUAUUUUUUAAAAGAUUAUAGGAUUCUCGUUUCUUGGUUUGCAAUAAUUUAAUUCUAGAUUACCAGUAGUCCACACAUGAUGAAUUUAUUAUUCAAAUGUUACGUCUUUCAUUUAUUAAAUGAUUAUUCACUACCUUGUAAAGUAUUCCACGUAAUGGUUGUAUUUAUAGUUUGUGAAGAAUCGUUAUGUACAGUUGCGGGAUUGGAUAUUAACUUGACAUUUAUAACAUGAAAGAAAGUGUGUGGCUUAGUGUGUCGUCUUAUAUUUUAAAUUACUAUUUAUUAUCGUGGCCUGGCUAUGAAAAUGUCUGCCCAUUUAGAAAUGUAAUAGUGUAAUAUGUAUGAAAAAGUCUGAAAUUUUAUAUUAUGUUUAUUAUUUUGUGUAAGAAAAAUAUGCUUGCUAGUCUUACUGACAUGAAUUAAAAGCAGAUACUAUUUUAAAUUGGAAUUUGCUUUAUGCUUAAAUUAAUACAAUAAAAAUUUCAAAACUUAAUAUUAGUGUAUAUUUUUGGUUGUUUACCUGUCAUUAUAUGAAGUAUAAUCUUAUAAUUUUCUAAGAUAAAAAAUGAAGUGUCACGCUCUUCUUAAAAAACAUUAUGCAUUUGAGUAUUUAUUAACAAAUUAAAACAUUUUCAGCGAAAGUUCCACCAAAUUAAUUCUUUUUUUUAAAUUAUCAAAACAAAGAAGAUUCUGCUGCUGGCAAUCAACAAAAUCUGAAGAAAGUAACAGAAAAUGCAGGGAAAACAAAAUAAUUAGAACAUAUCAUUGAUUUAUUGUAAAUGGUCAUCGAGUACAUUUUUGACGGAACUGAACUUUUAAGAAUGUUUUUGUUAAUCUCUAGCUUAUUUAUUGAUAUAAAAACACUAAGUGGAAAAAAAAAUAAUAAAUAAAACUGUUUAUAUAUCAAAUAUAGUAACUACAUGUUCAGAAUGUUCUUAUUUCUGAAAAUUCAUUGAAGUUUUUAGUAAUUUAAGUUUAUGAAAUGUCAGUUACUGACUUUUUGCUAUAUCCGAUAUACAAAAACCUGAAUAUAAGAGAUCUUGUGGAGCUGUUAAACAACCACAAAAAAUAACUUCAAAAAUUUACUCCACUAUGGAAACUUUAAAAAAUAAUAAAUUAUCUGUAAAGUAAAAUUAGAGGAGCCCAACUAAAUACAGAUCAGUUGUUUCUAGUAGAAGACACCUAAAACUUAUUACUAUGUAGGAGACCUAAAGCAUAUUUAAGUAAAAGUGCUUCAACAGGAAGACAAGAAACAAAUAUCCAUUGAUGACCUGUAAAGGAGCUUGAAGGAAAAAAUGAGAACCAACACCUGAAUACCACUUUGUGGCAUUGGUCAAGUAUUGUUUUUACUGUCUAUGGGAUGCAACUGAAGUGGUUAAAAGAAAAUUAGUUUUCACUACAACAUCCCAAAAUGUUAGAAUGCAGAGAUGGCCCAGAGUGAAAGAAAAGAACGAUAGGUAUAUAUAACGGGAGAAAUACACAAUAAAAAAAUUUUUAAAAAUCAGCAAGACUAUAUUCAGAAGCAAAACUAAUGCAAGUAUGAUUAAAAAAAAAAGGCUAAAAAUAGAUCCAACCAGAGAUUGAAAGGAAAUCAAAAGGAAAACAGGUGAGAUACAUAAAAAAUGCAGUUGGACAAAUUAAUAUGAUAGGGAAUGCGGCGGAAGAGAUAGGACUUAUUAAAGAUACAUGAUUUGAUAAAUAUCUUUCUUGAUGUUACUGAUGGAUUUGGUGGAGUCUGGUGGUCUAAUGUUCUUCUCUGUAAGUAUGAAUAUUAUAUACAUAAAGAAGGUUAUGAAUUUAUGAGACUGAUAGGAGUGUUGGAUUAUUAUAGGCAUGGGAGUAAUCUGAAAGUUGACAGAGGUUGUCCUCAGGGAUCUGUUCUUGGACCUCAGUUAUGAAAAUUUGUUUUCGAUGACUCAUUGAUGGUGUCUAUCUACGUUUUGGAUCUAGAGGUUGAGAGACGAUGGGCAAUGUACAGAUUACAUAUGAGUGGUGGGGUUUAUUUGAGAGAACAGUUGGUUGUAAGAGUUAAGAAGAAGAGUGAGGUGGAGGAAUAAGUUUGAAAAAUCUAGGUGGACGUAUGAUUCUAUCCAUAGUGUAGAUGAUCAGAACAAUCGAUGAGGAUAGCAUUUUCCGAUUUUCGAAGAUGAGUAUGCAAAAUUGCUUACAUAGAGGGAGGCUAAGAGGGGUGAAUGAGUGAAUGUGAAGUUGAUCAUAAGAACAGUGUGAAUUUGAAUAGAAGACGUAAAAUGAAUGUUGUAGAUCAACUAUAUAAUAGAUAAUUACGAAGGAUGAAAUAAAGAUGGUAAUUGAUAGCAUUAUCCUAGAAUUUAUUAAAUUCUGAAGUGAACUAUUGAAAAAGAUACUUCUGGCACUAUUCCAAGAAUUUUGAAAUGAAAAGAGAAUACCAGGUGAAUGGGAGCAAAAUAUUAUCUUCAUCCAUAAAUAGGAAAGUCAGACCAUCUGAGUAACCUAGACCUAAUUGCCUAUCCUUAAUUGUAUACAAACUAUACACUUUAACACUGGAAUGAAAUAUACCAUACUUCAUUGAAAUAGAAAUAGGAGGCUUAUAACUUCCUAGUAGAGAAACGCAGGAACAUUUGUUCCCUUUAAUAAUGGUGCUCCAGAGAAAAAGGCAUGGGAUCGAUAACAGAGCAUAUGCCUUGCUUUUCUUGAUCUAAGAAAUGCAUUUGACUCACAUCUACUCCUGAAAAUCUGGAAUUCCUUGAUAGAGAGAAAUAUAUUACCAAA